GAUUUAGAAACUUAAGCACUACACUAGAUGUACGGGGAUAUUCCUCUAAACCUCUGACUGAGGUGUCAUCCCAACUUUCUUCUGCAUUGAAGUUCAUCGCCAGGUUCAUACUAGCACUUUCGUUUUCUGGAAACUUCUCAUUGCUAAGCCUUACUAACAGUUCAGGACCGCUAAUAGGUGGAUCUGUAGGAACUGCACGCUGAGUUCUUCAAAAACGCAAGAACCAGGAAUGGAACAGUGUGCUUACACCCAAAACCACCAAGAAGAGGAGAUAGUUUAAGAAGAGGUGGUGACGGGAAACUUCUCAGAUUGUUGAUCAUAAGGCAAGAAGAAGAACGAACACCACCCCUCCCUACCUGUAUCAGAAGCAAGAACAACCUGGAAGCAUUCACUAGCUCAACAACCACAACUCUUACCAAGUUGAUUUUGUUGGAAGAAGAGACGUUGAAGCAUCUACUCAAGCACAUAAAUCAUCCAAAAUGGCCGCAACACCUUUCAUCGCCCUUCAAGAACCUUCAAAACUCGAAGGCUACAAUGCCACGCUACUCCGCUCACAGCAACCCUCCAACAUCCCCAAAACAUUCCUGGAUGCGAUGGAAAUUCGCAAACAAGUCUUCGUUGUCGAGCAAGAAAUUCCCUUGGAGAACGAGUUUGACACUGAUGAUCCUCGAGCUUGCCAUUGGGUGCGUCUUACUAGGUAACCUUUGCGAGCAUAUACUAAUAAUGGACUUCCAACAGGUUGUCUAUGCGUCCAUUAACACCAUAACGGAACCACAGAAGACGAACGACGAAGGAAAGAUUAUCCAGUUACAGAAGAGCGUUACUGUUUCGCAACCCAUUGGUACAAUUCGACUAGUGCCCUUCCCUCACCCUCCACACCCAGAGCCAGGCUCUUCAUACGCGGCCGAGGCCCUAGAAACUACAACCAACUCCGUACCCACCACGACCCCACCUUACAUCGUCGAUAGAGCUACAACGCAUCACGACGGGAGGGAACCGUAUAUCAAAUUGGGGAGAAUUUCUGUCAUCAAGGAAUUUAGAGGAUCUGGCAUUGCCAAGAUUCUUGUAAAUGCUGCAAUGACAUGGGCAAGGGAGAAUCCAACCUUCUUCAAUCCGUCUGUCGAAACUUGGGGUAUGAGCAACUUGGGAGCGAGUAAAACAGAGGAAAUUCCUCGUUGGAAGGGUCUGAUAUGUGUUCAUGCUCAAGAACAGGUGGCAAAGGCCUGGGGGAAAUGGGGAUUCGAAUUAGAUAAAGGUAUGGGAACAUGGGUUGAGGAGGGCAUCAACCAUGUCGGAAUGUUUCAAAGGCUCCAAAUUAAAGAGUAGGGAGACUCAGAGUUCGGAUUCUUGCUUUGACAGCAUAAAAUUCAGAUUCGAUACCCCUUCAUAACUGUUCGCAGUGGAAAGAUGAAGAAGCUGUUUCGAUCACACCUUGUUACCUCAUUGGCUCGCUAACAAUCCAGUCAUUAUCAGAAAUUGCAUGGUUACUGGUGGCUAUGUAUUGGAAGGUCAUACAUCAGUUCUAUUUUUAUGGAACUUUCCUGAAAAGUUCCUGCUCCCCUCUAAUACUCGAAUAGUAGUUCGAGUCUAUACGAUUAUACGAAGGUUUGGGCAUCUUUCACCUGUUCUAGAUAUAAUUAGCUCUGUGACGUUUCAUCGACGCAAUAUACCCGUAAUCCGUCCAAUAUGCCAAAACGCUGCGCCAUUCUUCUUCUUUUGUUUGCUAACGACCAAUGGGUCUUGAUGAGUUG